AUGGUGACAAGAGCUAAUAGGGAUAUCUUAACUGGGGGAAAGAAAUACCAGCAAAAGCAGGCAAAGAAGUAUGGUGUAGAGGAGGUUGUUUUUGACAAAAAAGCUCGAGAGGAGUUCUUGACUGGGUUUCACAAACGAAAAGUGGAACGUCAAAAGAAGGCUCAAGCGUAUCACAAAGAACAGGAAAGAAAGGCUCGUAUCGAGGAAAGGAAACAACUCAGAGAACAAGAGCAAUCGAAGUUUGAGGAGCAGCUAAAACAGCUUAGAGAACAAAGGGAGCUAUUUGAAAAGCUUAAUUCUAAGGAUGGAGUUAUUGAAGAGAAGGAGAAUGACCAACAAGAAGAAGAUACGCAAGCAAAGAAUGGGGAGAUCGAGGAUGAGUGGAAUGGAUUUGAAGAGAAUAGUGAGGGGCUGAACGAAGCUCUGAACGAAGCUUUGAAAGACAACAGCGAGGACGAAGAUGCAGUAAAGGGUAUUCUACGUAAAAAGCAGGUUUACAAGGUCGAUGAAGAAGCUGGUCUCGGGGAUGUCAUCGUUGACAAGGAAACUGAAGUUACCAUAGAGUCUCUCGAUAACCCAUACACAACCGCCAUCUCCAACAGGAGUAUAGAAGCCUUGGCCAAAGCCAAUAAUGUGAACUUAGACAAGUCCGACGAAGUACUUGAAGGAUCAAUCAAGCGGGCAAAGGACUACGCUAAGCUUUGUGGAGUAGACAAGUCAAAGCAAAAGCCCAAAAAGAAAAAGUUCAGGUACUUGACGAAAGCAGAGAGAAGAGAGAACAACAGAAAACAAAAACUUAGUAAGCUCAAGAGCCGCAGGCAAGGCAUGCAAAAAUAA